AUGGUGGCGGGAGGGUUGUGUCUGUGUGGGCUGAUAAGAUUGCUGUGCUCAUUGUUAAUCCCUGCAUUAUUUGUAAGUGGAAUUUUGUGUAUCUGCUUGGUGGUACUACUGUGGGGAAUACGGCUCUGGAUACAACAAAAGAAGAAACAGCUCACUUCAGCAGGAAAAGAUGGGAAGCGGCCAUUGCUGGUUGCAUUUUUUCACCCAUAUUGUAAUGCAGGUGGUGGAGGGGAGAGAGUCUUGUGGUGUGCCAUAAGAACGCUCCAGAAAAAGUACAGAAAUGUAACGUGUGUUGUUUACACUGGUGAUAGAGAUGCCACUGGAGAAGAAAUAGUAGAAGGUGCUUUCAGAAGAUUCAAUAUUAAAUUAACUCAUCCUGUGAAGUUUGUAUUUCUAGAAAAACGCUACCUUGUGGAAGCUUCUCUUUACCCUCACUUCACUUUGCUGGGACAAAGUUUAGGAUCAGUGUUUCUCGGCUGGGAAGCUCUUCUGAAGUGUGUUCCUGAUAUUUAUAUUGACUCAAUGGGUUAUGCCUUCACACUUCCCCUCUUUAAGUAUUUAGGAGGUUGUCGCGUUGGAUGCUAUGUCCAUUAUCCCACUAUCAGCACCGAUAUGCUUUCUGUCGUUAGGAAUCAGGAUACCAGGUUUAACAAUGCGGCCUUCAUUACAAACAAUCCUCUUUUCAGCAAAUUUAAACUUGUCUACUACUACUUCUUUGCUUUCAUGUAUGGAUUGGUUGGUUCCUGCAGUGAUGUGAUUAUGGUUAAUUCUUCUUGGACGCUAAAUCACAUCCUUUCCCUCUGGAGAGCUGGGGCUUGCACUAGCAUUGUGUACCCACCGUGCGACGUUCAGACCUUCCUGGAUAUUCCACUGGAGGAGGAGAAGAGCACCACUGAAUAUUCAGUUGUUUCUGUCAGCCAGUUCAGGCCUGAAAAAGAUCAUCCUUUGCAAAUCAGAGCCUUUGCUAAAUUGCUGAAAGAGAAGAGACAGGGGCAGCAGCCAUCACUGAAGCUUAUCUUAAUUGGAGGCUGUCGUAACCAGCAAGAUGAAGAGCGUGUAAAUAACCUUAAACAUCUUUGUGAGGAGCUGGGAGUUAGUAACAACGUGAUGUUCAGAAUAAACAUUCCCUUUGAGGAGCUAAAGAGACACCUGGCCGAGGCCACCAUCGGCCUGCAUACGAUGUGGAAUGAGCACUUCGGGAUCGGAGUAGUUGAAUGUAUGGCAGCUGGCACAGUUAUCCUGGCUCACAAUUCCGGAGGCCCCAAAUUAGAUAUUGUGGUACCCUAUGAAGGACAUAUUACAGGCUUCCUAGCAGAAAAUGAGGACAAUUAUGCUGAGACGAUGGCUUAUAUCCUCUCUUUGUCUCCUGAAAAAAGAUUAGAGAUCAGAGAAAAUGCUCGUCACUCUGUGCACAGGUUUUCUGACCUGCAUUUUGAAGAGACGUUCCUGUUAUCUGUGGAGCCAUUAUUUAAAUAA